AUGUACGAAAACUUCUCCAAUAUAACAAAAACCCGGAAAGAUAUGUACAAGAGUCCCAAAACACGACUCAUAGCAUCGAGGUUUACGGCAGAGGGAAACGGGGUUGAGGCGCCUGUCGUCAAGUUACACGUGGACAUUGAGAACAUGCCAACUGUGAGGCAGAAGAUAUGGACAGACAAAGUUAUGGCUGGGAAUACUUCAGUAUCAGAAUCUACACUUUUUAAGAUGUACAAGCUGUUUCCGAAUACAUUUGCGUUGAAAUGA